CGCCCGGCGCCGCUUCACCACGGGACAUUCUCCGACGAGGGCGCUGGGUGGCGGUCGCGCGCGACGACGACGCGAGCGACGACAGCAGCAAGGAGCUCGAUAGUCCCAAGACUCGGGCGGCCAAGGAGCUCCAGGCAAGGAUGGCGCGGCUGACGGAGGAGCAGGAGGCCAAGAGGAGGGAGGCAAAGAUGAGCGAGCCGAGUGGGCUGCUGCGCUCGGAGCGGAUGUGCAUGGUGCAGCUGAUCGUGCAGCACGACGCCGCCCAGCACACCGUCGAGGAGCUCGGCGCCCUCGGCUCGCUCAUGUUCAUCGACCUCAACGAGGGCGUCACCGCCUUCCGCCGCACGUUCCUCCCCGAGCUGCGCCGGUGCGACGAGGCGGACCGGGCGCUGCGGUUCAUCGGCGACCAGCUGGCCGCGGUGGGCAGUUCCCCGCCGCGCGCCUCGUGGCGCUCCGAGCUCCGCGUCUCUCUGCCGGAGCUCGUGAGCGAGCUGGAGGACGCGGUCAAGGAGGUGAGGCAGCUGCAGGCGUCGCAGCGAGAGCUCGCGUCCAACUACAACGCGCUCAUCGAGCUGUCGCACGUGCUGCGGAAAUGCGACGGCAUCUUCUCCGAGGCGCGCCAGGGCGAGUUCGGCGACGGCGGCGUGCAGCAGGUGCCCCGCUCGCUCUCGUACGCCGAGCUGAUCCGCGCGCCCUCGCUCGGCCUCUCGCUCGACUCGUACGGCAACCACGCCUCCUCCAACUACAACUCGGAGACGAGCGGCGACGAGCUGCCAGGCGACGAGCUCGACGGCGGCUCGGCGGCAGACCUGGAGAGGGGAGGGGCGCGGCGGCGGCGCGGCGGGGGCGACGGCGGCGGCAUGGCGGCGCUGCGCGGCGGCGACGCCACCGCGGCAGGGCUGCGGCUCGGCUAUGUGUGCGGGGUGCUCCCCACCGCGCGGCUCGCGGCGUUCGAGCGGGUCCUGUUUCGCGCGACGCGCGGCAACAUGUUCAUGCGCUCGGCGACCAUCGACCAGCUGGUGCGCGACCCGAAGACGGAGGAGCUGCAGCACAAGGCGGUCUUCCUCAUCUUCUUCUCCGGACAGCAGUCCUUCGCGCGGAUGGCCAAGAUCGCGGACGCGUUUGGCGCGCACCGGUACAACUACCCGGCAAAGUACUCGAAGCGCGCCGCGCUGCUCUCGCAGGCCCUGACCCGGCUCGACGAGCUCUCGCACGUGAUCGACCACGUGGUGGCGCGCAAGGAGGCGCUGCUCAGCUCGCUGGCGGCGCGCCACGGCGCGUGGAGGACCCACCUCGCGCGGCAGAAGGGACUCUACAAUGCGCUCAACCUGUGGAACUACGACCUCACGCGCAAGGUCCUGAUAGCCGAGGCGUGGUGCCCCGCCUCCAUGAUCGAGGAGACGCAGGAGGCUCUGCGGCGGGCGACCAGCCGGUCGGGCGCGCACGUGCCGUCCAUCCUCAACGUGCUCGAGACGGACGAGGCGCCGCCCACCUACUUCCGGGUCAACAAGGUCACCUCGGCCUUCCAGGAGAUCAUCGACACGUACGGCGUGCCCCGGUACGGCGAGAUCAACCCGGCCGCCUUCACUGUCAUCACCUUCCCCUUCCUCUUCGGCGCGCGGCCCGCCCCUCCCCUCGCCCGCGUCAUGUUUGGCGACGUCGGCCACGGCUCGAUGGUCACCGCCUUUGCCCUCUAUCUGUGCGUCAACGAGACGAAGAUGCUCGCCCUCUCUGCGCGGUUGCGAGACGACAUCAUCACCAUGGCGGUCCGCGGCCGGUACAUGCUGCUGCUGAUGGGCAUCUUCUCCAUCUACUGCGGCGUGCUCUACAACGACGUCUUUGGCCUCAUGGCGGACUUCUUCGGCACGAGCUGGACCGAGACGCCGCCACGCCACGGCGGGCCGCGCGAGCUCAAGGCGCAUGGGAUGGUCUACCCUUUCGGCAUCGACCCUGGCUGGCACCGUUCAGCCAACGAGCUCUCGUUCGGCAACUCGUACAAGAUGAAGCUCUCGAUCGUGCUCGGCGUGGCACAGAUGCUGCUCGGCCUCGGCAUAUCACUCGUCAACGCUCUCGCCGCCCGGAACGCGCUCGACGUCUGGUGCGACUUUGUGCCGCAGGCCAUCUUCAUGCUCUCCAUCUUUGGCUACCUCGUCUUUUGCAUCUUCUACAAGUGGUCGAUCGACUGGGUGGCGGAGGAGCGCGUCGCCCCCUCCCUGAUCACGCUGCUCAUCUCCUUCUUCAUGUCGCCGGGGGAAGUGCCCGCCGAGGCGCGGCUCUACGCGGGGCAGGAGAGGGUGCAGGUCCUGCUGCUGCUGCUGGCCUUUGUGGCGGUGCCUUGGAUGCUCCUCGCCAAGCCGCUGCUCCUGCGGCGGAGACACCUCGCGCGCGCGGGCUACAAGAACGUGGCGUGCCGACCCACCGCGCGCGACGACCCGGCGGCGGCGCGCGGGCUGCUGCGGAGCACGAGAGACCACGACACCGACGAGGACUCCGUCUCGGUGGCCUCGUCCAACAACGGCAAGGCGUACGCCGAGGAGUUUGACUUCUCCGAGAUCAUGGUGCACCAGGUCAUCCACUCGAUCGAGUACGUCCUCGGGUGCGUGUCGAACACGGCGUCCUACCUCCGCCUGUGGGCGCUCUCGCUUGCGCACAAGCAGCUGUCCAUGGUCUUUUGGGAGAUGGUGAUGCUGCCGCCCCUCCAGUCCUGCCGCGCCGGCGGCUCGUCGUGGAGGUGCGCCGUGCCGCUGUUCUUCGGCUUUGCCGUGUGGGUCGUGCUGACGACCGCCAUCAUCUGCUGCAUGGAGAUGCUCUCCGCCUUUCUGCACGCGCUGCGGCUGCACUGGGUCGAGUUCCAAAACAAGUUCUACAAGGGCGACGGCAAGAAGUUUGUGCCUUUCUCCUUUCAGACCAUGGUCGAGAACAUGGACGACGAAGAGUGAGGGGCUUGCGGGCGCCCGCCGCGCGCGCGGGCGCCCUCUGGAGGCCGAGGCGGCCCCGAGUGGCGUGGUGUCGUCCGUGUCCGCCGUUUGGCGUGUGGGCAGCCGCCCUCCCUAGUCCCUCUCCCCCUCUCCCCGCGUCCCCUCCGAAUGCCUGCGUGGUGCCAGAGCCCCUGUGGCGUGACUGUCUCCCUGACCCUGUGAGGUUGUGUCGGGAAAAUAGUAGUGGGUUGAGCCUGUCCCGCGGCGCAAUUCUCGGCGCGUUUACCGCACGCACAUCGCACGUUCCACGUACUGUAGUCCUGUACACACCCCG